AACAACAUUGAAAAAUGGGUGAUACGGAUGCGAUGAGGCCAGCCGGACCACCACGACCACCCUUCCCCGGAGGAAUGCCACCCAGACCAAUGGGUGGCCCACGACCAGGCGGUCCACCUAUGGCAGGAGGCCCAGGUGCCGGUGUGCGUCCGGGUGCUCCACCACCCUUACGUACAAUGGAUAGCCGAGGAAACCUAUUAAUGGGAAAUCCUGGUGUACCAUCCCCGCAACGACCAGGUGGCCCACCGCAGAACCCACAACAAAGACCGCCGCCACCACUAAAUAGUGGAGGUCCACAGAGUCCAACGGGUCAGGGUGGGCCACGACCACAAGGUGCGUUUCCAUGGCCACCCCAGGUGCCUGGGCAACAGCAACAACAGUCAGCUGCAAGACCACCAAAUCCCUACCCCGGUAAUCAGGCAGCCACACGACCGCCAUUUAAUCGUCCACCAGGAGCACCAGGUGGUCCACCUCAAUCACAACAGCAACCACAACCUCAAACAAGACCUCCGGCACCCCAACAACAGCAGCAACAACCUCAAUCACAACAACAACAGCAGCAACAGCCACAAAGACCACCUUCCUCUCUAUCGAACAAUGACGACGAUGAUGUGAUAAUGGGCCAAGCUGUCACGCCCCAAAAAACCGUUCAACUCAAAAAUGAUCCCAUGGGUCCGGCGUUAAAUGAAGCCGAUGAAGAUGCUGCCUACAAAGAUGAUUCUCCAGCCUCCAUGGUUAAGACCAGUGAUUUGUCAUUAGUCUCACCCGAUUCCUUAAUGAAUGAUAGCAGUAUUUCCAAGUCCAUAAGUGGUGAAGUGACAGGUUCUAUAUCGAAGGGUGACAAUGACAGUGGCGUCGAUGAAUCUACUCAAGAGAAGGAACGCAACGGCCCUGGAACCCCCAGUUCCCCAGCCAAAACUCCAACUUCGGUAUCUUCUAAGCCCGAGAAGUCGGCCACAUCACGCCCACCCAGCACUACACCAUCCAAUAAAUCAUCCAAAUCUCGCAGUACUUCACGAAAUCGCAUUGCAUUGAAGACCCCAGAACCGGAACCAGUUAAAAAAGUUCCAAUGAAUAAAAUUCAAGUUGGACACGCUCCUUCACCUAACUUGAAGGCCGUACGCUCCAAAAUUGGAUCUCUAGAAAAUGCCAGCUACAAACCAGGUGGCGGCAAUGUUAAAAUCGAAACGAAGAAAAUUGAAAUUAAGGCAGCACCCAAAAUUGAAGCUAAAAAUGAUAAAUACACGCCAAGGGGUGGUGAAAAGAAGAUAAUUUCAACAAAAUUACAAUGGAAUGCCAAAUCGAAAAUUGGUUCACUAGAAAAUGCCAAUCACAAGCCCGGUGGCGGUGAUAAGAAAAUCGAAACAAUUAAACCUGAUUUCAAGGAGAAGGCCAAGCCAAAAGUUGGUUCCAAGGAUAAUGUUAAGCAUGUAGCCGGUGGCGGUGACAUAAAGGAAUCCAAUGAUCAACCUAAGGAUAUACAAACACAAAAAAUCGAAAUAAAGGCACAAAGCAAAAUCGGUUCUUUGGAUAAUGUCAAGCACAAGCCAGGUGGCGGCGAUAAGAAAAUUUUCGAUGACAAGGAUUAUUUGAAAAAUAUUGAACACGGCGUACCCUUGACCACACCACCGUCUCAGAGCUCACAAGGCCGCUUAAUAGCGACAAUACAUCUUGAAUUCGGUCUCUGUACCAAAGAUUGUCAUUACUGGAAGGCGCCAAAGAUGCAAAGGUCGACCACACUAUCGGCUUCAAUGUCUCUUCCAGCCGAAUGUUUAGUUUUGUCCGUAUCAAUGCCAUCGCUGAACAAUGAACAGAAACGACCAAAAAGUGCUGGGCCCAAAAAGAAGCCAGGGCAAGUUUUACAUCCAAAACCAUUCCGUUUAUAUUAAUA